AUGGACGACAAAAGCUGGGCGCUGCUGCACCCUAUCGUGGGUGCCAGCAACCUUGGCCUUGUCUUCCUACUGUCGCUCCCAUCUUUCCGCCAGCUUUGGACCAAAGCCCAAUUUGCGCGGCGCAACCGCGGCGCGCAAGGCGGCGGGGCAUAUGAGGUCGUCCCACAGCUGUUUGAGAGUGCAGACGGCAAAGCUACUGAGGCGUCUGUGGCAGCAUUUUCUGAUCGGCAGCCUCGUCUUGGCGCAUAUCUCAGCCUGUAUCUCGGCCUUGCAGCAUCCAUCACAUCGGCGAUACUGUUGACACUUGCUACCGCACCACCCGCAUCGUUAGACCGGCCUUGGCUUUUCGCGUUCGACAGCUGGGCAGACGUCCCUGCAUGGGCCCUCAUCUGCCUCCAGUUGGCCAGCACCCCGGCCAAAGAACAGUACGACCAGCGGUGGGUGCUUUCUAUCAUCGCGUUUUCGUCGAGCGCCCUGCUUGUCGGCUCUCUCGGAUACCGCUACGGCUACGAUAUUGUGCACAUCCUGGCUGGGCAAAAUGUGGCUGCUGAAGACGGGCUUGCCACUGGCACGGCCGUCUGCUGGCUCGUGCAAGUACUUGCUGCUCUGGUCGCUACCUUAUGCUUCGCAACGUUUCCCCAUCGCCCCGACGUCUACUACAAGGGCGACCUAGUUGAUCAGCAACAUGCCGUAUCUAUUCUCUCUCGCUUCAGCUUCGACUGGAAUAAAAUCGUUUUUGACAUUGCCAACGCGCGGAAACUGGAGCUUGAGGACCUACCCAAUCUUGACGGCAACACUCGCUCAUCCUGUGUGAACGAACGCUAUCUCGCCCGUGGUGGCAGUGCCGGUGGUCCCAAAGGCCGUCUCUGGUGGCAGCUUCUGGUGGCGUACAAGUGGCCGUUGCUCCUGCAGUGGGCACUGACAUUCGUUCGUUCGGUUUUGGCCCUGUUCCCACAGUUUAUCAUUUACCAGUUCCUUGAGGGGCUGGAUAGCCACGAAGGGGGCAACAAGGCUGCCAACCCAAAACUCUGGGGCUGGGUUAUUGGCAUUGGUGUCAGCCUGGUCCUUCAGAUCUGGAUUGGCAGCGCGCAACGCUGGCUCACGUCGAGUCGUCUUGAGGCACCACUGAACUCGCUGGUCCAGACUCUGAUUUUCCAGAAGGCUCUGCGUCUUGACGAAGCUGCUGACCCCGGCCACAAAGUUGCCGAAGGCGAUGGAAAGACAGGAAACAGGGACAAGAAAGGACCUAAAAAGCCAGAGGGCGACGUCCGCCAAUCUGUUGUGAACCACAUGAAACUCGACAGCCAUGUGAUGUCUAAGAAGUACGCAAAGAUCCAGUUUGGCCUCAUGAAGUACCGCGAUGCCAAGGCCCACGUCUUGACUGAGGCGUUGCAGGGUAUGCGCCAGAUCAAAUAUUCGGCUCUUGAGCAGCUGUACGAAGAAAAGAUCAUCCAGAGCCGCAACGAAGAGCUGCGGCAGUUUUGGCGUGUGGCCAAGUGGAUGUGCUCACUCAGCUUUAUUAUCAACACGGGACCCAUUAUGCUCUCUAGCAUUUCUAUUGCAGUGUACACGUUUACAACACCGACCCACGUUCGUGCCUCGGUGAUCUUCGCCUCUCUUGGCUUGUUUGACCAACUGGACGAGGCCAUCGGAUACCUACCUCUGAUCCAGGUGUACCUCAUGGAGGCUUGGACAAGCUGUGUUCGUGUUGAGAAGUACCUCAACCAACCCGACAAAGCACCUGUCGCCGACCAAGGUGACAGCGUAGUCUUUGCCGACGCCACUGUGCGGUGGCCUCGCGUUGAGGAUUCCGACGUCCCGGCCAACGGCGAAUCUUCCGCACUAGCCGCAGCACCUGCUUCUCCUCCCCCUGAACAAUCGUCUGUUACAGACAAUGCCGGUACGACUGUUGUGCCAGAAGAGACGCGCUCGAUCCUGCGCAACAUCGAUGUCGCGUUCCCCAACGGAGAGUUGAGUCUUAUCACUGGCAAGACUGGUGCUGGCAAGAGCCUUCUCCUGGCCGCCAUCCUUGGCGAGGUGAAGCUGUUGUCUGGUACUGUGCGAGUCCCAAAGGCCCCGCCUGUCUCGGUGAUCGAAAACCAGAACAUCAACGAAGGCGAUUGGGUCCUGCCGUCGCUCACGGCGUUUGUGUCGCAGACACCGUGGGUGGAAAGUGGUACACUCAAAGACAACAUUCUUUUUGGUAUGCCGUUCCGGGAAGUCCGGUACCGCAAAGUGCUCCAAGCCUGUGCCUUAGCCAAGGACAUUGAGCUUCUGGCUGAUGGCGACGCAACCGAAGUUGGACCCAAGGGUGUCACGCUUUCCGGUGGGCAACGUUGGCGCGUUGCUCUCGCACGUGCUCUAUAUUCUCGCGCUGGUAUCCUCAUUCUCGAUGAUGUAUUGAGUGCUGUUGAUACCCACGUCGGCCGGACCAUUGUGAACGAGGCGCUUUCCGGUGACCUUGCUAAAGGCCGCACACGAAUUCUCGCCACCCACCACCCCGAAAUGUGCAUGGCCUACGCUUCUUAUCUUGUACGGCUCGAUAGUGGCCGUGUUGAGGGAGUGGAGAAGAUCGAGCACUACCAAAAUAAAGGCUUGCCCGCGGAAACCUUUGCUCCUGCCCAGGAAGACGAACCAGCAGGAGGAGAUAGCAGUGGAGCAACGACAGGGGACGGUGAUGGUGACGGUGACAAGGCUGCCAAUGACAAGAAAAAGGAUUCUGAGGACCGUGAGACUGGCCGUGUCAAGUCCCGAGUAUACCGGGAGUAUGUCCGUGCUAGCAAGUCAUUGCUCCUCUGGCUGCUCAUUCUCGCUCUGCUGAUCUCGAGUCGGCUGCUUAGCGUUGCCACCACAUGGUCCCUCAAGGAGCUUUCAGCUAGCUACGAUAACGACCCGAGCAUUGCUAGUCAUCGGCUAUAUACUCAAAUUGCUGAGCCUGAGUGGGAUUGGCAGAUUCGCGCCCCGGCGGCCACGUUCCUGCCGACAGUCUUGCAACAAGUUCCGGCUGAUGAUGACGCUAAUUACCGCAAAAACAUUAUUUUCUGGAUCACGGCCUAUGUCUUGUUUGACUACUCCACCCUAAUUGUUAGUAUCGCGCAGCAGCUGCUUAUCAUGUUUACGGGCUUGCGUGCCUCGCGGGUUCUGUUCGAGAAGAUGACACACUCGAUCCUCCGCGCUCCUCUUAGCUGGAUCGACAAGACGCCUACUGGCCGUGUCCUGAACCGCUUCACCUCCGACACUUUCACUGUGGACCGGCGUCUCGCCAGUGAUUUGACGAAGCGCAUCAACUCUGUGGCGCACUCGCCCGUGUAUGACCAGUUUAGCUCCGUCUUAACGGGCCUGUCUACCAUUCGCGCUUUCCACAGAACGGACUUUUACAUGGACCGUGUCUUCGGCCUCAUCGAUAAUUCAGCCAAGGCAAGCUGGGCGCUGCAGCUUCUAGCUCGGUGGAUGAAUUUCCGCAUGGGCAUGUUUGGCGCCGUGUUCGUAACGGCCGUGGCCAGUUGCAUUGUCUUUGGAAAUGUCGAAGCAUCUUUGGCGGGCUUCGGACUUGUAUUCGCUUUGCGCUACACAAGCUCUCUAUCCCGGCUACUUGCCAAUGUUACCAGCAUCGAGCUCGGAUUCAACGCGGCGGAACGAAUCCUCGAGUACAUCGAUAUCGAUACCGAGUCCGAAGGUGGCCGCGAUGUGCCUGCGGCGUGGCCGACCAAGGGACACAUUGAGGUGGAGAACCUGACCGUCAGCUACGGACCAUCCCUGCCCCCUGUCUUGAAGGAGCUCAAUUUCGAAGUGCAACCUGGCGAGCGCAUCGGUGUCGUGGGACGUACUGGUGCGGGAAAGUCGACUCUUGCUGCCGUUUUCUUCCGUCUUCUUGAGUCGCAGGAAGGCACCAUUCGGAUCGACAACAUCGACAUCUCGACACUCAAGCUAGACCAACUCCGUAGCCGGCUGGCUAUUAUUCCCCAAGAUCCGUUCCUAUUCUCAGGAACGCUGCGCUCGAACCUCGACGUUGAGGACUCCAUUGACGACUAUGACCUGCACCACGUAUUGAAGCGUGUCCAUCUUGUCGAGCCCCAGGCCGAGGACGGCGCGCAACCUUCUGGGGCUGCAGCUGGCUCUAUUGUCGGCCCUGUUGCUAGGGCUGAACUGGUGGAAGACCACACGGGUGAGGAGGUCGCCCGCCUGCUGCCGUCAAAUGGUGAGGAGACUACCAUCGAAGAAGACGCGGCAAAUCCGAUCGAUGGGACGGUUGUUGCUUCAGACUCUGCAACCGACGUGGGCUCAAGGACACCCGAAGGAGAGAGCAGCGAGACCACAGCACAGGGCGGUAGCAACGGCAAUUCCAGCGACGUUGAUAGUGUUACUAAGAGCGCCAUUGACGACGAAGUCAACAGCUUCACGAACCUAGCGAUGCCCAUUUCCACGGGCGGCGGCAACCUCUCGCAGGGCCAGCGCCAGCUCGUUUGCCUCGCGCGUGCUCUUUUGACGCGGCCAAAGAUUGUCGUACUGGACGAGGCCACCUCGGCCGUGGACCGCGGAACGGACAGUGCUAUCCAAGAGUCGCUCCGGCGGGAGUUUGCCUCGGGUGGCUGCACGGUGCUCGUCAUUGCUCACCGUUUGAGCACAGUUGUCGAUUUCGAUCGUCUGCUGGUUCUUCAGGAAGGUCGCGUUGCUGAGAUGGGCACACCUCGGGAACUUAUGGAGCGCGGCAUGGCUUUGGACGAGAGGCGAGCCGCCAGGGCCAAGGAAGUGGCUGAGGCUGGCCAGCUGGAGCCAGACGAGGAACGUUCGGAUGGCACAGGCGCAUUCUGGGAGCUGGCCAAGAAAAGCGCGGAGAAGGAGAAGCUGCUGGAAAUGGUUUUCGGGAAGAAAGCUCCUGCCACAGAUGCGUAG